AUGUCAUCUGAUUCUAUGAGUGUUCAUUCACUCAUUGAUAAAUUUUCUAAUACAGAAAAUGUUUCAAAUGAAAGGGCAGGUGUGGGAACAAGGAGAAGAGGGUCAGAGCUACAUCAGAAAUCGCAAAAGCAACAAAGACAAGCAGACACAAUAAAAGAAGAGACUGAACAAGUAAAUGCAAAUACCAUAGAUGAAACAGGACUCUUGACAUUGUUGGGACCAAAUGUGAAAACAUUCCCUUUCUCUGAGGAGGCAUAUAUUGAAUCGGUCAAACUUAGGGCGGAACAGGAGAAAACAAAACAAAGCUACUAUAAGUUGGAAACUGCAAAUAAAAAUUUGCUUAUGCUAAACACUGCUUUAAAGGCAAAUAUACCUGCUCACUUAAUUCCUUUAAUGUACGUACCUAAUGAAGACGCUGGCGCAAAGUCUAACAUAGAUUCGGGACUUACGCCUGGCUCCAAACUGGAAUCUUCAUCCAUAAUAGCUAGCCCUUUCCAACAAGGUAACAGGACGGGAAUGAAGAACAUAUAUAAACCAGAUGCUUCCAAUUCCAGUCUAGUGCCACCCAUUAACUAUAAAUUUGGAGGUAGCAAUACCCCCAAUACCACACGGAGACCACUUUCUCCCGCAAAGAUUGGUGCUGCUGCAGUCGCAAAUUUGGCUACCCCAACAAACCCUUAUAGAAAUACCAGAAGAAAUAUUCUUCCACAGCAUCAGAGACAUUUUUCCAUGCCUGCUUCAACUUCUUUGGUUACUCCUAAUAGACAUAGAGCGACCCCUAGUGAUUUAAAUGCCAUUGAUACCACUAUACAGAACCCAAAUAAACUCAAAGCUCCAAGUAAUGCAACUUUAAAUGCUCCAGGUAGCACUUCUGAUUCAAGUAUCCUUCGAUCUCCAUUGGGUGCAACAUCUUCAAUUCAAGUCAAGCCUUCACCAGCGCAACCCUUACAUAAACUGACUAAACUGGCUAACCAACCCUCACAGGAGUCCAUGACAUCGUUUCAACACAUAAUACAAUUUCACCAUUGGAAACCAGAUGGCCCAAAUGUAGGUGCUUCAUCUGGUGGAAGUCCUAUCAGGACGCAUAAGAGACAUAAGUCAUCAUCGGAGAAUAUGUCGAUAGAUUUAACUGCUAAUUCGUUUUCUAAUUCCAAUAAUAAUCCUCCAGAAAUACGUGUGCAUAAUUCGAAUGAUAUCGAUAUAAAUUCUAAUGAUGAUCAAGAGGUAGAUGACGAUGAAGAUGAUGAUGACGAAAAUGAUAACGACAUUGACGAUGAUGAUGAUAAUGACAUUACAAUGGAGACAAGUACCAUUACGGAUAUAAACGUAUCAAAAAUUCCACGAACUGGAUCUUUUAGCGAUUCAAACAACGAUACUCAGCUGAAUAUAGGAAGAUACCCACAUGAUAUUCUAUCACCAUCAAAUUCCUAA